AUGAAGUUCUCUGGCUUGCUCUCCCUUGGCUCAUUGCUCUUUUCUUUGGGGGUUCUGGCUGUCCCUAUUGCAGACUUUGACGCCAAAGUCGCUUCAGGCCUCCGUCUCGUUCAGACGUCAGAUGACAAGACUCCCUUUUGGGUGACUGAGGAGGAAAAACUCGACCUUCUCAGGAAGAGUAUCAAUUUCUUUGACUUAACGGAGACCUAUCACCUCGAGGAAGAGUUGAAAGCCAAAAAGGUCAAGGCGAUUGUUGAGCGCGCUACUUACCCCGCACCAUCUCGCCAAACUGCUGUCAAUGCGUUGCUCCCAUCGCUUUCCACCACUAAUAUGAACUCAUACCUUUCAAAGCUCACCGCAUUCAACAACCGUUACUACAAGGCCAGUACUGGACUCCAAGCUAGCAACUACAUCUACGAUACACUCUCAGGGUUUGCAAGCGGCAAAGCCGGUGUGACCGUUAGUAAAUUCUCACAUUCGUGGACCCAACAAUCCAUUAUUGCCAAAAUUGCUGGCUCAUCCGCUACUGCGCCCACCAUAAUUCUUGGUGCCCAUGAGGAUAGCAUUAACCUUAAUAACCCUACUUCGGGGCGCGCUCCUGGUGCAGACGACGACGGCACCGGGACGGUCAAUGUGAUGGAAAUCUUCCGCGUACUGGUUUCUAGCAAUUUCAAGCCGACUCGCAAUAUCGAGUUCCACUUUUACUCGGGCGAGGAAGCUGGUCUACUUGGGAGCCAGGCAAUUGCUGCCAACUACAAGUCCACGGGAAAGAGCAUAUAUGCAAUGUUGAACUUGGACAUGACAGGCUAUUUCAAGCCUGGCACUACAGAGGCCAUCACACUUAUUACCGAUAAUACUGACUCUGGAUUAAACACUUUUGUCCGCUCCCUCGUAAAUUCGUACUCCCGUCUUCCAGUCGCCACUUCCACUAACUUUAGUGCGGUUAUGGAUGCUCAGACCACGCUACGUGGGCUCGUCAAGGUUUUCCCGCCGCCUUCCCCUUCGAAGCCUCUCUUUCCAACGACAACCCUAACAUCCACAGCGCUUCAGACACAACCUCAGUUAGCGGAUUCUCGUGGAGUCACUCUCUGGUACGCAUAG